CACCUGACACGUGUUUAGGAAGUGUAUACGCAGGAACUAGAAUAACAAAUACUAUGAUUUGAUUUAAAUUCUGCAGCUGUGAAGAUCAGAGGGAUUGUCAGCGGGAUUGUAAGUGUGUGUCUGAGCAGCUAAUCAAUCUGUCAGCUGCACAGAAUCUCUGGAAUCUGACAACAGCGUUGUUAAGGAGGAGUGUAAGGGUUAAGAUGGCAUGCAGGGGAGGGAACACACGAGGAGCCGCAGCUCCUGAUAUUUUAUGAGCACUACCAGAGUCUGAGGAAUAUUGACAUGCUGCCCGGGAGGUGGAGAAAAAGGCUGCUGCAGAAUAAACUUGUGAACCCCGAAGAGACUUUUAGAUAUCUGGGCAGCUCUUGCCAACAUGGAACUAUUGUGACUUUUUUGCCAGAGGAAUGAAUGAAAUACCUUCAACUAGAUUAAAAGGGGACAUGAGCCGACCUGGGAUAGUCUUGUCACACAGCAGGAGUCAGUAACUUUGAUAGGUAGCACUUAUUCCCAAAGACACACCAUGUCAAACUCUCAGGAGCAGAGCCUCGAUGAGAAUGCAGUGUUCCUGCCGGUGAACGAGUCCUCCCCAGAGUUCCUCUACUGUGAGAAGGAGCGGCAAGCAGUGGAGAGACUCCUAAACGCAGGACCAGAGGCCUUCUACAGCUCCAUCGGCACAGAGCGCUCUGGCUGCUUCCUGUCCUCUGAGGAGGUCGGCCAGAUAACCAGCUGGGCCCAGGACUACCGUUUCAACCCGCUACAGGUGCAGAGGCAGGAGAAUGGAGAGGGAGGCAGCUCAGACACGGACGACUUCUGUUCCACCUACUUCCCUUCCUUCUCAGACACACCAGCCCCCGACCUGGAGCUGGGCUGGCCUGAAAAAAGCCCCUGGGUCCCAAAGGGAAGCGUCACAGUCCACACCAGUCCGCCUGCAGAGGGAGAACCUCCUGUCAGACAGAUCAUUAGGCAUCACCUGCAAAAGGCUAGCCAAGUAAUUGCUAUUGUGACAGACAGAUUGACAGAUGGUGCAAUAAUUGGCGAUUUACACAAUGCUGCCUCUCGGGGUGUCCCUGUCUACGUCAUCCUGAAUCAAAGGUCCAUUCAAGAGAGCUUCACGCUCAACAGGCUCAGGCAUCCGAAUAUGCAGGUCCGUGUUCUUGGAGGGAAAACCUUCUGUUCGAGGACAGGACGAAUGGUCGUCGGGGAAAUGAAAGACAAGUUCCUUCUCGUGGAUUUAGAGACAGUGAUUCAUGGCAGCUACAGCUUCACAUGGACGGACGCCCACCUGCACCGACAACUGAUCACUGUUCUACGUGGCCCAGUUGUUGACUCAUUCGAUAGAGAGUUCAGGAUCCUUUUUGCAGCUUCGCUUCCCGUCCCAGACAUAUGGAGGGCUGCAGGAAACAAUGUAGAUGUUACUCAUCAGCUGAAAGACCAUUCGGAUCUCAGGUUUCAAAAAUAUCACCAUUUGGAGCCUGAGAUUAUCAACCCUCCGUCCCCACCUACUGAUGCGCUCCUAGACUGGGAAGCCAUGGGGGUUGUCCAGAGAAUCAACAGCCUCCCAGACUGUCCUCUUGAUCAACACGAAGAAAUCAUGGCAGAGAAAAUGCCGCUACAGAACAAUAUGCUGUUUGAAAAAAGCACCCUCGUUAAGGACGGAUUUACUUACAAUGGACACCAAUUUGUGGAUAAGAAAAGGGUUUAUGAAAACAUCUCUCCAGUGACAAACAAUGUGCCAGAUAAAUCAACAACUUUCAAGGUUUAUGAAAACAUCUCUCCUGUGACAAACAAUGUGCCAGAUGAAUCAACAACUUACAACAGCACACAGCCCCCGCCAACAGACCCGACAACUCCUGAAAGAAUGAAAAGGGUGGAACACAUAAUAAAUAAAGCCAUUUCCAGGCAGCUGUCUACUGAGAUGAGCAACAAUUUAGAUGACAAAAUGACAAGACUUGAUGAUAAAGCAAGAGAGCCAGCACACAACAUGAUCAUACUUUCCUCUUCUAAGAGAAGAGAGCACUCAAGGACAGAGGCAAUUUUGGAAGAAGAGAGCAACAUAAAGGAAAUUAGCUCCAAAGUGGAGAACACACCAUCUUCUAGAAAACCUAUCAUCCUGAGGCUGCCGCAGACUGAGAGCUUCAGCUCUCUGAGUGACAUUAUGAAGAAGAUUCAGCCUCAGCAGAGCACUUCAGGUCUGCUCAAGAAAGGAUCAAAUGCCGCUGUGUCAGAAAUGAGCCGAUCCAUGAUGGACCUGAGCGUCCACAACGCAGAUGAUGACAGAGCGCGGGUGCCGAGGCUUAAGGCCAGUUGCUUCGACCCAGAUAAUAUGACUCCUGCUCUUAAUCUGAUGAAGAAGAGGAACGACGGGUUGAAACCUUUAUUGUACAGAACUCCAAAAAACUUUGUGCCCAGAGAGAGGCCGCGCAGCUCCAGUUAUGUAUUCAGUAUGGACUGGAGGAGGUCACUGGCGGAGAGGGAGGAAAAACAGGAAUGAUGAGCAAGGAAGAAAAUACAUGAGGAGCCUUAAUAUGUUCUGUAGUCUCCUGUCACCAAGGAAGGCAGCUGCCAGAAGCCGAUAGUUACGACCUCUGUAGUGGUAAUUAACUCAGCCAAAAACGGUCUGUGACUCUGAAAAUGAAAUCAUUAUUAAUAUGUAUAGCAGCAUUAUCCGUUGAUGUGAUGUCCCACUGAAUUUGCCUAUGGUGUUGCACUGUAUAUAUAUAGUUUAUUUGAUGCACUGCUUUACCUUGCAUGGUUAAAUAAAUACAUUUAAUUGUAAUUGUGCUCAUAAUGAUGAGUAUCAGCUGUUUUAACCACUGUAUAUGGCUUUCACACAGUGACAAAGUUGCGGUAGUUAACCAGUAAGAAGGUUAACAUCUACAUUAAUGAAUGUUUAACAUUUCUGUUAAAUACUGGCACAUGACAGAGUAAAAGGAGAUGGCAACAUUACACUGUAUAUCAUGAAAACAAAAUUAGGAAUUAUAUGUGACAUGUGAUUUCAGACAAAAAUAAUGUGCAUGUGCUGAUAAGUCAUAAAAAGUCCAAUGUAGAGAGAAACAGCAUACCUGUAGCUAACAGUGAAGACACAGAGGUCUUGUCCUUCAUUUAAAUUUUAGUUCAGUGUAUAUACACAGUAUAUACUCUAAACUGGGGGAAAUUUCUGAUUAAAACACACUUUUUUUCGCAGAACAAAGCCAACAAUGUGUCAGUCAGGGAUCUUCAUCUUGACUGUCCUGUUAUUUUUUUCUUGGAUAUUGGGGAGUUGAGAUGCAAUUUAAACUUUUUCAAUUUAAAAGUGAGUUAUUUUAAAAGCACAUAUUGGUACCUUUGAGGCUCACAGCUUUUUAAGUCACACUUUGUAAGCUGAGAAGUGCAUAGUUACUCAUAAAUGAAUAAAUACAGCAAUUAUACCACAGCAAGAUAAUUCCUUAUUUAGAAAUGUAGUCUGUAAUAAAAAUCUUGGCCAGGAAACUGGUGUACAAUGGAGCAUAAAAAUAGAGAUUUAAAAAUUGAAUAAAUAUACAUAUUUAUUGAAUUUAUUGAAGUUUUCAGUGUCUCUUUAAAAUGAUAUGCAGGAUUUAAAAGGCUGCUUGUAAUUAAGACCUCAGUAUUUGUGAAAUAUAUAUGUGUGAGAGACAGAUGGGGGAAGUAGAGGGGAGUGUGGUACAACCUUACCCUUUUAUCAAACUCAUACGGCACAGCUUAGGCAGGGAUUGCUGGAGAUGGGAAACAAACAAUGGGAAUGUGGUGGGGAAUGGGUUUGCCACCUCUUCCAAUCACUUGGCUCCAUCUGCCCCAUUCACAACUUCAGCAUGCUCCAAACUUGCAUUUUCAUUUACAAAUAUACUUACUGUCCAGAUUUGCCACACAAAUCUUCCAAUGACUUUUUAAGGUGAAUUCAGAAAUCCAUUCUCAUCACACCAGGUAUUCUGAUCCUUUUUAUCCCCCUUUUUGCCGUAUCGUACAUAGCCAAUUGUCAUUCACUUACAGAGGCUCCUUGCUGUGGAGUGUCUGCCUGCAUAUUUCCAAAAUAUCAUCAUCUCUUAACAACUUCAGGUGUGAACUAACAGGCAGCCUGAUGAAUCAAGCACCCUAAUAGCCUUCAUUAGUAUAUUGUAACCCUCAGUCUGACUAUGCACGCACACACACACACACACACACACACACACACACACACUGAUAAUU